UUCCGCGAGGUCUUCGACCUCGUCGACAAGGACAAGAGCGGCGCCAUCGAGACGGAGGAGGUGGAGGAGCUGACGAAGCUCUUGGGUCUGGACCUGACCAGGGACGAGGUGGAGCUGCUCGUCAGGGAGAUUGACAAGGACGGAAACGGCGAGGUGGACUUCGAGGAGUUCCUGCUGGUGA